AUUUUUUUUUUUACUCCAGUACAACCGGUGGGGUGGAAACGCCACUGAUCUAUCCGUUGAUUUUCUAGAAACCACCGACAGAUUGACCUAGUAGCAGCUACUGUCGAGCCUUUAUAGUAAUUUGUCAGUUAAACUAGACUAUUCGACACUCGGAACAAAAUGGGCGAUCGGGAUGAGUUAGUAUAUCAGGCAAAACUCGCCGAACAGGCGGAGAGAUAUGACGAAAUGGUGGAGUCCAUGAAGAGAGUGGCCGGGUUGGAUGUGGAACUAACAGUCGAGGAGCGAAACCUACUAUCAGUGGCCUACAAAAAUGUCAUUGGGGCGAGGAGAGCAUCAUGGAGGAUAAUCAGCAGUAUUGAACAAAGGGAAGAAAACAAGGGCGGAGAAGACAAAUUGAAAAUGAUCCGGGAAUACAGGCAAACAGUUGAGAACGAGCUGAAGUCAAUCUGUAAUGACAUUUUGGAUGUGCUGGACAAGCACCUUAUUCCAGCUGCCAACACAGGAGAGUCCAAGGUCUUCUACUACAAAAUGAAAGGCGAUUACCACAGGUAUCUGGCUGAGUUUGCCACCGGGAACGACAGGAAGGAGGCUGCCGAGAACAGUUUGGUCGCCUACAAAGCUGCGAGCGACAUCGCCAUGAUUGAACUGCCACCUACACACCCCAUUCGCCUAGGCCUUGCUCUUAACUUCUCCGUAUUUUACUAUGAAAUCCUCAACUCGCCCGACCGCGCCUGCAGGUUGGCGAAGGCUGCAUUCGAUGACGCCAUCGCAGAGCUGGACACGCUGAGCGAAGAAAGCUACAAGGACUCCACACUAAUCAUGCAGUUGUUACGUGACAACCUGACACUAUGGACUUCAGACAUGCAGGGAGAUGCAGGUGAAGAACAACAGAACAAAGAGGCACUGCAAGAUGUGGAGGACGAGCCCCAGUAAGACCUCACAGCCAACUUGAGACCCCCCCCCCCCCCCCCGCCUCCACACACUCCCCUCCCCCAAAAUGAAAAAAAAAAACCCAGUCCCAACAGGAGCCACCACGCCCAAGUGACAGCGGCUCUCUGCAGCUCUGACCCCCAGGGUCUUAGAGAUAAUCAGUUCUCUUCAUUAACAUUUUUUUUGUUGUUGCCCUUUUUAAUUCAAUUUAAAUAUAAAUACCACUUAAUUGAGACACGUACAAUUUUGGAAAGAGUCCCUGGAUAAUUUUAUUUUUCUUGGUACAAGCAUUUCUGAUUUAUCUUCAUUAUUGUAUUUUUGUUUUUGCUCUUUCCUCAAUAUUUUAUCAGUUGCUGGAUGUAUUUUGAGAAUGUUUUUCUUAAUGUAAUUACAGAAAUUAACUUUUAUUACUGAUAUGUCUAUUAGUUGUGGGAGCUGUAAUAUUUCUGUUAGUGAAAGAGAUGCAAAUCAUUAAACCUUCGAAGGGCAAGUCUAAACAAAGUGCUCUUCUUAACUUGAGUUGAGUUUUUCAGAGGAAGUCGGCAAAAUUCUUGAUAUCCACGUGGAGCAAAAAAUGCUUAACUUUUACACCAUAGUGAUUCUAUUGUGACGUUUUGGAUUGUACUUUGUGCUAAAAUACUGUAUUGUGCGUACUUGCUGAUUUCAGAUGGUGGCUGGUAGCGGUUUUAAAAUCUAAGGGAGCAUUGUGGCGUUUAGUGAGGAAACGGCUCUCGAUUGGCUUCUGUUGCAAAAUGACAGGGUUCUAAGUAGAUGAUUUCAAGCCUGCAUGAUGAGUUAAUGAAUAGUUUUUCUGCCUCUUUCCUUUACAUUGUUCAUGUUUUUCUUUUUGCUGCAUUAUGUGUAACUUAAAGCUAAUUUGUACUACUGGAUAUCUGACUGGAGCCACAGAUAGAGCACCUGUAUUGUUCGUACUGAAACACAGCAUGGAAUUAACAUUAAACAAUCUAAAUUAAACAUA